AUGUAAAAAAAAAAAUACAAGGAUUCAAAAAGUUCCAGAUAUUUAUAUCAAAUUUGGUAAACUGAGAAUAAAAUCCUCUGCAACGGGAAAUUAUUCACAGGAUCUGAAAAUCAUAAAUUAAUAGCUAGUGUUAGUUUUAUAACAAUUCCUUCAAUACUAUUUUAUAUAUUUAUGUCUCCUGAAUUUGCAAAAAGCGGAUAGAAUGGUUAUACAGUAGUAUUUGUGUUGAUCUAAAUAACUAUAUAUGUUUUUCUAUCGAUUACAGUUUGCAUGGAUCCCGGAAUCAUACCAAAGAUAAGACCUGAAUAUGAAAUGAAUGAGGAACUACUGGAGGUGCCUUAGAAAUAUUCAAAAGUCGAUUACAGAUUUAUCAUGGACUCAAAAAUGUUUACAAUAAAAGCUCACUAAUUUAAAUUAAAGUAUUGUGCAACUUGUGCUAUCUAUCGACCUGCUCGAGCCUCUCAUUGUCCUUCUUGCGAUAAUUGUGUUGUUAGGUUUGAUCAUCAUUGUCCUUGGAUUGGAUAAUGUAUUGGAAGAAGGAACUACAUCUAUUUUUAUUUUUUCAUCAUGUCUGUAUCCUUUAAGCUGAUUUUUGUGUUUGGUGUAUGUCUCUCAUAUAUUGUUGAUGAAUCUAAGAAGAGAUCAGCAACUAUGGGAACAUCAGAUGCCAUUUCAGAAGCCCUGGCUCAUAAUCCUGUAAGCAUAAUACUUGUUAUUUAUUCUUUUGGAUUUUCGUGUUUUGUUGUGGGUUUGUGGCUGUUUCAUACUUAUUUAGUGUUCACUAAUAUGACAACGAAUGAGUAUUUAAAGAAACAUUGGAUAGUAGAGAGUAAGAAUCCAUUUAGAAGGCAAAAUUUUUUGAAAAACAUUGUUAAUGUUCUUACUUGUAUAACUUAACUGAAAUUUUUAGAAUUAAAGUAAUGUGUCUAUGAGCCUAAAGAAUAUAUGCAGAGUCCAAUAAACACAUAGAACCAUUUAAAUGAAGUUAACGACUCUUCAAAAUAUAGAGAAGAAGAUAAGAUUUAAGUUGAAUAUAGAGGAAAGUAAAUGCAAUAAUAAAAAAUUCAAAUCAUUUCAGAAAUACAAUCUUGAUUAAUAUUAUUAAUUCAAUCAUAACAAUUUU